AUGACAGAGACGACCGACUUGCAAUCUUCUUCGCCAACUACAAGCGGCGUCUUACCGGACCAUGAUCCGUCAGCACUCGAGUAUGAAAAACAUUCGUCAGAAGAUCAAAGUGCAAAACUUGUGAUUCUUACAGUGAAUGACGUGUAUGACAUGGUUCCCAAUGAACACGGACACGGUGGUAUCGCAGAGUUUGCGACUCUGCUUGAGCAACAGAAAGCUGCGCUUCAAGAUGAUGUUACGCUGCUUGUUACAGUAAAUGGAGAUUUUCUAUCGGGCUCAGAAAUGGCUGAGCGGUUUAAAGGCGCACACAUGAUUGAGCUUAUGAAUCACUUGAAUAUUGGAUAUGUCGUAUUAGGCAAUCAUGAAUUUGACUUUGGGGCAGAAGAACUCAAGCUGCGAAUGCGCGAGUCAACUGCGAAAUGGUUUGGGUCGAAUGUCCGGGAUUCGGCUUCCGGCAAAUUGUUUCAAGGUGUUGUGGAUACUGAAAUUAUCCCUUUAAAGGAUGGUCUCAAGCUGGGAUUGUUUGGAGUGUGUACCGAAGAGACUCCGACGCUGUCGUUCCCAGGCGCUAGCGUACAAUUUGAUGAUGUUUUUCUGACGUCUCGCCGCUGUGUAAACCAGUUGCAAGCUCAAGGUGCAGACUUUAUUGUGGCACUGACUCAUCUUUCUGUAUCACAAGACAAGAAGCUUGCUCGUCAAGUGCCUGGUAUCGAUUUGAUUCUAGGAGGCCACGACCACGAACCUUUCACAAUGUACGAAGGCAAGACGUUAAUUCACAAGUCAGGACAGAAUGCGUUGUGGCUAGCCAGACUCGAAUUUGAUAUAAAGCGCUCGUGUAAAGAUUCAGCGCAAGGAGUGAAUAUUCUUCCACAAUGGAGUAUGCUUGCAAAUGCAAAUGUACCACCACAGCAAGCAUGUCAACAAAUUUUGUACAAAUACAUGGAACAAAUGGCUAUUGAAGAUGCGAAUGCUAGAAAUGACCAAGUAUUGGCAACAUUGUUGGCUCCACUUAGUACAAAAACAGCAUUAUUGCGAGCUGGAGAAUGCAAUGGUGGAAAUUUAGUGGCCGAUGCAUUGCGUGCUGAAUUGACAGCAGAUAUAGGGUUCAUUAAUGGAGGAUUUAUUCGUGGAGACAGAGAAUAUCCUGCUAAGUCGAGUAUUACUGUUGGGAUACUAAAACACGAGAUGCCAUUUCCAAGACCUGCAGUCCUCGUUCGUAUUACAGGUCGUAAUCUACGCGAUGCCUUUGUUCAGCAUUUGUACAAAUACCCAGAACAGAGUGGUUCACAUCCACAUGUGUCUGGAUUAAAAAUCACAAUCGAUGUGAACGUCACUCCGCCAUGUGUUACAGAAAUGCUUCACGAUAAUGGCGAAUCAGUUGAUUUGGAAAAAGAGUUCCUUGUAGCUACGUCCAAAUUUGUUGCUGGUGGUGGAGAUGGCUGUUCGGCAUGGUUUAAGGGGGAAAUUAUACGUGAAGCAUCUCAAGUUCCUGAUAUUGUGGCCGAAUUUCUGAUGAAAAAGCGAUUAUUGGAUUACAAAAAGUCUGAAGGACGGAUUACGCUCAUUAAGUAG